AUGAAGAAAACUGUUCCUACAAUCAAAAUGUUCACUGGAUCUGUGUUUGCACAUCUGCCGAACACACAUGUUGACCUGUUCAGACAAGUGGAGCUUGCAUGUCUUGACAAAGUUGCUCAGAAAUUGACAGAUACAGAGAAUGAAAAAGCAGUGAAGGAAGCUGAGAAACUCUUUGAAGAACAGAUGGAAAAACUGGUUACUCUCCCAACGGAAACUGCUGACGAACUGAAUGACAUUUAUACGAAAUGUAACAAAGAAGCAUUUGAUAUGUUCCUGAAACGUGCUUUAGGAAACAGUGAGAGAUACAGAGACAAACUACAGGGAGCCAUUGCUGCAACAUUUGAUGAUUAUUGUAAAAGAAAUGGAGCGGAAUCUAGCAAGAAAUGCAGAAGGCUACUGAAGGAACUAUUUCAGGAAAUUGAUGUGAAAUUUGCAGCAAAUGUCCACUUAGUGCCUGGUGGAUACUCGGAGUAUUUGAAAGAUCGAACUAUAGCUAUCAAUCGCCAUAAUCAGACACCACAAAAAGGAGUGAAGUUCACUCAUUAGGCAACUGAUGUUCUUGAAGAAUUUCUAAAACAGAGAAAGGGUG